AGUACGCAGUGUGUCUCUUCCCUCAGUCUCCAGCCUGAUCUUUUUAUCAAGGUAUCCACUGACGGGAAAUACCCAACAGGAUGUCUAAUUUAAAAGAGAUAUGCAGUGGUUUACUUCUGGACCCAUUACCACCUAACCGGGGAAGAGAUCCCAGUGUUCCACAUGCACCUGUUCGAACUCCCAACCUUACAGCGGACGAGGAACGGUUGGCACUGAGAAAUGCCCUGCGUUAUUUCCCCCCCUCUCACCAUGCGGCGCUUGCUCCUGAAUUUGCUCAAGAGCUGCGGCAGUACGGACACAUUUACAUGUACCGCUUCUGUCCCACGUUACGGAUGAGAGCUUAUCCCAUAGAUCAGUACCCAUGCCGCACACGUCAAGCAGCCGCCAUGAUGCUAAUGAUCAUGAACAACCUGGACCCAGCAGUUGCCCAGUUUCCCCAAGAGCUUGUCACCUAUGGAGGGAAUGGGCAGGUGUUUAGUAACUGGGCCCAGUUCCGCCUUGUGAUGCAUUACCUGAGUGAGAUGACGGAAGAGCAGACUCUGGUCAUGUACAGUGGUCAUCCCAUGGGCUUGUUCCCCAGCCUGCCUUCCUCACCCCGCGCUAUCAUCACCAACGGCAUGGUUAUCCCCAAUUACUCCUCCAGAGAUCAGUAUGAGAAGAUGUUUGCCCUUGGUGUAUCAAUGUAUGGUCAAAUGACAGCAGGCAGCUACUGCUACAUUGGGCCUCAAGGGAUUGUUCACGGCACUAUGCUGACAGUGCUGAAUGCCGGUCGGAGGUACCUGGGUUCUGGUGACUUGAGGGGUCGCGUCUUUGUGACUUCAGGCCUGGGAGGAAUGAGUGGAGCUCAAGCUAAAGCUGCUGUCAUUGCUGGCUGCAUUGGUGUGAUUGCAGAGGUGGAUGAGGCUCCUCUGAAAAAGAGACACGAGCAGGGCUGGUUGAUGGAGGUCACAAACAGUAUGGAUCAAUGCAUCAAACGUAUCAGAGAAGCCAAGACUGCCAAGACACCCCUGAGUCUGGGUUUCCAUGGCAACAUCGUGGACCUCUGGGAGAGGCUCCUCCUGGAGUUUGAGAAGACUGGAGAUCUCCUGGUGGAUCUGGGAUCAGACCAGACCUCACUUCACAACCCAUUCAACGGAGGCUACUACCCAGUCCAGCUCAGCUUCCGACAGGCCAACCAGCUCAUGUCGGCCGAUCCUGACCGUUUCCGAACCGCUGUCCAAGAAAGCCUUCGAAGACAUAUAAAGGCUAUCAACAAGUUGUCUGAUGCAGGUAUGUUCUUCUGGGACUAUGGUAAUGCUUUCCUCCUGGAGGCCCAAAGAGCUGGUGCUGAGGUUCAGAAAGUUGGUGGAGGAGCAACAGAGUUCCGCUACCCUUCUUAUGUCCAGCACAUUAUGGGGGAUAUUUUCUCACUGGGCUUUGGACCAUUUCGUUGGGUGUGUACAUCCGGUGAUGCCAAAGACCUCGCUGUAACUGACAACAUUGCUGCUACCGUCUUGGAGGAAAUUAGCGCUAAUGUGACUGAUCGUAUCAAACAACAAUACAAUGACAACAUUCGCUGGAUCAGAGAGGCUGGAAAACACAACAUGGUUGUGGGAUCUCAAGCAAGAAUCCUCUAUUCUGACCAGAAAGGAAGAGUCUGCAUUGCUCUGGCUAUCAACCAGGCAGUCGCUGAUGGACGAGUUUCAGCACCAGUCGUGAUUAGCAGAGACCAUCAUGACGUUAGCGGCACAGACAGCCCCUUCAGGGAAACCUCUAAUGUGUAUGAUGGUUCUGCCUUCUGUGCAGACAUGGCUGUUCAGAACUUUGUUGGCGAUGCAUUCAGAGGUGCUACAUGGGUAGCCCUGCACAAUGGAGGCGGUGUUGGCUGGGGUGAAGUCAUGAAUGGAGGAUUUGGUUUACUGCUGGACGGCUCAGAGGAGGCUGCAAAGCGUGCCAGGCUGAUGCUCAACUGGGACGUCUCCAAUGGGGUGGCACGUCGCUGCUGGUCUGGAAACUCCAACGCCUACGACACCAUCCAACGCACCAUGGAGGAGAACAGACAGCUGCGUGUCACCAUGCCUUUUCCAGUGAAGGAUGAGCGUGUGUUGGACCGUGCCCUGCAGGGUUAGCCUUUCACUAUAGCUUAACAGCCUGCUUAGAGCUGCAAAGAAAACCAACAGUUCCUUUUCCAUUUAUGUGAAUGAAGCCAUCUACUGGAAUCAUAUUCAGCAGAAUAUUAUGAAAUCAACACAUGGAAAACUAAAAAUUACAUUUUUACUGCAAUAUUAAAAAUCACUGUUACAUACAGCAAGUUAUCUGCCAUGCAGCUCAGAAUGCAACACAGCAAUAAAUGGACUGUAUUAAUCAUUUGCACGGAUAUCUUCUUUAUAUGUUUGUGCUGAAUAUUAAACUAUGACCAUGAAUAAGUGAUCAUGCAAA